AUGGGCAAGCACCGCAACAGGAUUAUAAAACCCCAGACGACUCCGAUGGAUCUCCUGAGACCUUCGGCGGACAAGGCCGCCGGAAACAGAACAAAUGAACCCCAGGAUCGUCAGCACUGCGAAGUCGUUCAGGGCCUAUCGGAGUUGAAUGUUCCGACCCCGAAGGAGAUGAUUUCCGCUGACCCCGAUAUGCUUCAACACCUUCUGAACAAAAUGCUUAAUUCGAAUGAAAGGGUAACUAUUCACGCAGCCUUCAGGAUCGGAAAGGAGGUGAGCGAUCAACCGGAAACUGUGCGGCCACGACCUCCGAAAAUCGUUUUGGGCAGUUAA